AAUAUAAACGAUGGCUCAAUGUGCGGGGCCAUCAUCGGCCCGUAAGGAAAUAACCGGUCUGAAUCGUAUGACCCAGAAGGGACUGCGGGAUUUGUGCAAACGUGAUAAACUCUAUCAAACGCCGCGUCUCAAUGAUGUUCUCUACUUGCACUAUCAGGGUUUCCAGUACAUUGAAUGCUUGGAGGAGUACACUGAGCUAAAAUGCCUCUGGCUUGAAUGCAAUGCCAUUUCGGAAAUCCAGGGACUCGAUCAGCAGUCCAAGUUGAAGUGUCUCUUUCUACAAAAUAAUUUAAUACAGCACAUUGACAAUCUGGGAUGCUGUCCCCAGCUAGAUACCCUCAAUCUUAGCUCGAACCACAUACGCAAACUUGACAAUAUAGGCUCCGAUGUACUGCCCGUGCUGAACACUCUCAACGUGUCCUCCAAUUAUUUGAAAGACAGCGACAGUCUGUCCCAUUUGGUCAACUGUAAGACUCUAUCUGUUCUAGACUUGGCAAAUAAUCGCAUUGACGAUAUAUUGGUCGUUAAAAUAUUCGAACAGAUGCCGAACUUACGAGUGCUGGUACUUCAGGGAAACCCUGUAGUAUCACGCCUUCCACAAUAUCGGAAGACAUUGAUAUUGGCCUGUAAAGAGCUCACCUAUUUGGAUAGUCGGCCAGUGUUUCCCCGCGAUCGUGCCUGUGCUGAGGCCUGGAAGGUGGGUGGCUAUGAAGGGGAGCGAAAAGAGAAUCAUCGUUGGAAUCGAGCAGAGCGCAAAAAAAUUCGGGACAGCGUUAAUUCCACCAUUCGUCUGCGCAACCGACAUCGCCCACCCGAUCAGCAGGAUUCACUCCUGACGUCUACGGACUCGGAAGCAGAGCAAGAGGCUGACGAAAGAGCUCACGCGGGUCACACGCGCGCUGCUCUGGAAAAUGGGAGUGUUGACGACAUUUGGGCGGAAGUGGAAGGCGAGAGAACCAAACAGAGCUCAGCAUCUGAAGAUAAUUCAGAUCAUUCAGCCUCCAGUGAUGAAGGCAGUAACUGCACCUCAGAUUCGCUUGCAGAUCAAAUUGCUGAACAGUCCAGCAACCGGAAUUUAAUACCGAAAUCUGUGAAAUCUAAGCUCCAGAAGAACGAUUCUAACGAAUCACCAAUUCAUACCGAAACAAACGAAAAUGAAGCUGAAGAAACUGAGGAGUUGGGAUCAAAUGAAGCUAAGACUUGCACCCAAUUUGAGAUUGUUGCCAUAGAGGAAACGAAACAGGAAAAAUCAUCCAAAGAGAGCAAUGAAAUUGAAGAGAAUUUACAAGAACAGGGGGUAAAGGAACUACCAUCUCAGCCUACUAGCGAAGUAGAAGAGCCAAUUAGUAGUUACGAAUCAGACGUUGCAGGAGAGUUAAAAGAGAUCAAGGAGUUGUACGCUGGCUUGGCGGAUGAUCUUGCAGAAGAAGAAACGAUUAGCGACAUUACAACCGAUUUUAAGCUCGAUGACAAGAUGUGCUGUGCGGAAACCCCCAGGCCCUGUAACUUUGACCUUAAACAAAGUCCUUUGCCAAAAACUGCGGAGCAAUUGGCUUAUGAAAUAGAAUGUGCUGAAGCAAAUGACAAGGUCGAGCAAGACCUUAGAGACCUCACCCGUCAAAUGGAUGAAGAUAUGGAGUGGGUAAGGCUGUCGAUUGAGAAUGAGAUACCUAGCCUUGAAGAAGAAUUGACUGAUGAUACGGCGAGUGCAGAGGAAGAAGUAGUACAGAGUUCCAGUGCUCCGAGGUCGCUGCGUCUGGAACAAGAGUUUGCGGAACGGCGUCAGCGCGAACUAAAACCAGCUGCUGCUAAGACUGAUAGCGUGACGACUAAUGUCAUAUCGGAGCCAGUAGUUGAAAAGACAGAUGCCGAUGACGACGAGCAAGCGAUUGCGUUUGCAAAAGUGCUCAUUGACGCUUCCGACGAUGUGCCCAAGCGCGUGUUUGGCGCUGGCUGCGAUAAGCCAGCUCAUGAUUGGCCGGCAGAAGAGCGCAUGCUUCAGUUGAAGGUCUGUGAUGUGCAGGAGAUUCCAGAGCAAGCAGUUAAUGAACUGCCAACACUUAUUGUGACUGAUGUUGAAGGCAAGGAUUCGGAACCAAUUAUAGAGCCAUUGAUAAAGGAAAGUAGCGAACAAGCGGCCGCAAAUAUAUGCGCUCGCAAAUGUGAAGCAAUGGCCGAAGAAGAGGCCUCGCUACGCAAACUGCUGCAAGAGCUGGAGGAUGAAAACGAAAUGCUCUAUAAGGUGAAUACAGCUUACGAGGAAGCCAUCAAUGAAUUAAAGUCCCAAGCGACGGAGCCCAAUCCGGAGGAGGUGUGUGUCGCCUUGUUAGAUGAGCUUAUCAAUGAACUACAGUAUAAUGAGAUAACCACUGCGGAGAAGCCAACAAAUUUCGAUUUUGGUCCGAUUGAAUCGGAUGAGGAAUACAGCUACUCUGCCGACCCGAAAGUGGAGAAGAUUGUGCCACCAGAACUGGAAGAUCCAGCCAAAGGCAAGUCCAUACGAGAAUGUCUGGAUGUGUUCGGCGACUUUCUCACAGCUUUGUCAGAUCCGAAGCAAACUUCGAAAUUAGGUAAACGUGGCACAACUUGGUCUGAGAAGUGCCGUGCUGCGCAGCAGUUGCUCAAGUCCCCGAAUCUGCCUGAGCUCAAUAAAGACACCCCAGAGAGUUUGGAUGCCGAUAUAGCUAAAGAACUAGAGAAACGCAAGAAAUUUGUUUCAAAAUCGGCAGGACGUUGCUUCGCUCAACGUGAAAAGUAUGAAGAUACUCUGGAAGUUGUAGAUAACCGAUUGAUGGUAGUGAAGAAAGAUACUGGCGCUCUAGAGGAACUGCCACCGCCGCCACCACUGAUUAGCGACAGUGAGGAGUCUAAUGAUGACUAUGACACAGCGAAUGAAGAACAGGAAGAGCAGGCUACAAAGUUCGAGGAUGAUGGACAGCACACCUCACGGCUGAUAAGCACUCGUGGCUUGUGGACCAAGCCGUAUGUUCCAAAACCGAGAAAGUCUGCUGAGUAUUUGAUAGAAGAAGCGUUGCGUCGAAACGAACUACGACAGCAGAGUAGACUGAAGUGGAUGGAUGAUAAAACCGGGUGUAUUCAGACAGAUGACAAAGAUCUCGAAUUUUACAACCAGUACAAUAACAAUCAGGAUGACGAUGACGAUCAGGAGGAUGAGGAUCAGGACGACAACGGUCAAGAUGACGAUGGCGAAGAGCACUUCUAUUCCUUGGAAACAGAAAAGGCAGUGGGCUGUUUAGAUGCUGAGUUUCUUAAAAAGCUUGAUCUGAAUUUUCAGGAAAUGUGUGGAGAUGACGCCGAAGUGGCAGCCGAGUGCAUGCGUAGUUACAAUGAGUUAAAGGCCUGUCUGAAGGCAGGCAGUUCAGCACUUCAGCUCACUAAUGAGGAAAACGAGAUGUUGCAAGAAAUGCGAGAGAUGCCAUGGGAGGCAGAAUCUCACAGCGAUGUGGAGCAGGAGAAUGACCUGCUGAAGAAAAUGAUGCAACGUACAAAAGAUGAGGAGCUGGCGGAACACAUAAAACUGUGUACUGGCACUGAACGACUCUACGAACAACAGAGUAGACGUGGACUUUCAGAUGAAGAAGAAGGCGACACAGUGCUGAAGAAAGGCGCUGAUGAGAUACCAUUGACUUUUCAAAGUGAGCCACCUGCCGCAGAGGUUAUUAAAGAGCCUUCUGAGAAUCCCGAACCAUCACUGGAGCAGGAAGUACAGCAGGACGCAAAGAAAGAGGAGGUACAGGAAGCAAGCAGUAAGGUCGCUAGCAUUGAUGAUGAUAUUAUCUCGGAUGAUUCCACCGACUACGAAUCGGAGGAGGAAGUGCCUGUUGUGGAACCGCCCAUGUUGCCGGAAGGUGCGCUCCAAACGCUAAUAUGUAAUAAUAUUGAUGAUGGUCUGGAGCCAUUACGGCCCCGUGAACAAGCCUCACUCCGCGAGAUCUAUAACCUACAGUAUGUGGAAAAGAAAGAGGAACGCAAAAACUCAACCACAGCACUACGCGAAGCCCUAGAGGCCAUUGGAGAGCCAAACCCCUUAAAUGCUGAUCCUGAGACACACGAAAAAAUGCAAAGAAACAUUUCUAAACUUAGAAAAUCAAAAGAAAGUGAUCCUUUUAUGGAGCUUCAAACAGAUGCUAAAGCAAAGUGGGCGAAAAUAGCGAACAAAUUAAAUAAAUUUAUCAGCAGUGACGAAAUGAAUUUGCUAGAAAAUGGAGAAAGCGAUUCAGAAGAAGAAGAUUAUGAGGAACUCAAAAAGGACUUGGCAAACCUGAAGCAAGUCGAUGAAUCACAGAUUGAAGUUCAACUCAUCACUCGCGAGAAUAUUCUUGACAACGAGGCUAAGCAAGUCGAUGUAUCCGAGAUCGAUGCAGAAUUGAGCUCAACACAGAAGAUUCCUGACGAUGGUUCAAGUUCGCUGAGAAACGAGGUUGCAAAAGUAGAUGGAUCUGAACAUGAUCUGAACUCAGGGCAGAAGAUUUCCGAUGGAGGCCUAGAGCAGACUGCUUGUAAAAGUUUACAUAACAACGAAGCUGAACAAAUAUUUAAAAGCGAUGACAAACUGGAAAAGAAUGAGGACUAUUUAGAGACAGAAAAGGUAUUUUUCAAAAAAAAAGCCGUUGAAAAUAGUGAACACUCUAUCGAGCCGUUGGUAAAAGGCGAGGAGGUAGAAAAAUUUGUAGGAGCUACUCGUAUAAGAACUUUAUCACAAGGUAGCGGCCCAGCCCGACCAGAUAUCGAAUUAACAGAACAAGAGCAUGAUAAUUUAGCAAUGAAGCCUCCUGAAACUGCUAGUGAGGAGAAAAAUGAAUCCGAAAUGGUUUCGAAUUCUAAUACGCCACAAAUUUUCGAUUGUACAAGUAAGAUAACAACUGAAGAUAAGCAAUUGAGUAAUGGGGCGGACGGUGAUAAAAGUUGUGGCGUACUUAAAACUGAGGAGAUAGGCUGUGAUCUCGAAAUCUUAAACGAUGAUGGAGAUGCAGUCAUGCAGAAAUUGGACGUUACAGCUCAAGUAACCUAUGAGCUGUAAAUUUAUUCUACAGAUCCCUAAUAUUUUAAUCAUACAUUGUGGAUUAAAUUAAAUUAAUGAACAUUC